AUGGAGGAGGAAGAGGAUUUUGUUGGUUGCAUAAGUUGCAUGAAUAACAAAGAUUUAUGCGACCUAUUUGCUAUUUACGCCGAUAAUGAAGAAACCUACGCACAAAUGUUAAAAAGUUGUUACAAUAUUAAGAUAUCUACGGAAUAUAAAUUUAUAUGUUCUGAUUGUGUUGAAAAAUUGGAAAAAGCGGCGGCGUUUAAAAACCAAACUAGUAAAAAUCUGGCAAUGCUUCAAAGUAUCAAAGAUGAGGAGUAUUUGGACGAAUCAAUCUUGGAAGAGGGAGAGAGUCUAACAGUAGACUGUAGACAUAAGAAUAACCAUUUAACUUCUACUGAAGAUGCUGAUGAUAUAAAUGAAGAACACGAGAUUCAAGCAUUAGAUGAAACCACGUGCAUCUACUGUAAUGUGCAAUUACCCACUGCGGAGGAAAUAGACCAGCAUGUUCGUAUGGUACAUGGCCUAGAGCCUCGGACUGGUCAACGUGUACGAGAAUGCUCGCUGUGCGGUGCCUCACUUAGCGAUCUCGCUGAUCAUAUAAACAGAUGUCAUAGCGCUUCUGAAAGUGAGAAUAGACAGUACGCGUGUCACUUCUGUGACAAUGUCUAUAAUAGCAAGAAGGCUUGCUUCACACAUCUCAGGAUGAAACAUGGACUGAAAUUAUGUAACGACCAUACUCCGAAGUAUUCACCUACCGAUCGUAAGAAGUGUCACAUUUGUCAGCGAGAUUUCAGCCAGAAGCAAAUACUCAACAAUCACCUGUGGAAAGCUCAUGGAUAUGAGGUUGAGAAACGCAAGGCAUUCUUUUGUCCAUUGUGCAAUGAGCGAGUUAGUUAUGGCACCAACUUUAGUGCUCAUUUGUUACAUCGUCAUCAAGUCCGAGAGCAAGUGGAGCAGUUGGAGUUCGGGACUAUGGAUGACUUCAUGUUAUUCAAGAGCGCGAUACAGGAAGAAACCAAAUUCAGGUUCCGGAAGACGACGGCCAGCAAACAGACGAUUGAGGGUGUACGGUCUCACUACAUGUGCAGCCAGUCCGGUAUCUACGUGUAUCAGGGUAAAGGUAAAAGGCCAGCGCCUGAGAGACAGAUCUAUAAGACGGGGAAGGCGUGCCCGGCACAUAUGAUCGUUACGGAGACAAUGGACCGCGUACUCGUCACAUUCUACAAGACGCACGUUGGCCAUGGCACUUGCCCAUACUAUGAGCCGCGCGAACCGAAGCGCGCUAAAUGCGAGGAGGCGGAGGGUUGCCCGCAACUUGUGUGUGACGCAUGCGGCGCGGGUUUCUCGGCCACAGACAAGUUUAAGACGCACGUCGCCUCGCACGGCCUCAAACUGUUCCCAUGCGAGCACUGCGAUGACUUAUUCCAGAACAUUGACGCUUGGACCCGUCACGUGAGAAUAGAGCACGACACUAGUUUAUUGUGA